CACUUUCUUCCUCUCAUUUUAGAGGAUGUACUUGUCAUCCAGCUACAGAGACAGCUGCCAGGCCAAGUCUGAAACCUUGAUCGGUUCUGAAGCAUCUAUGCCCCACCUCGUUCAUAUUUCCUCUACGUCUCCCCUUCCGUCUGUGGAGAGCAGGAAACCUCCUACACUCUCCCCCGGCCCAGAGGUGCCCAGCCCUCCUCGACUUGUUAUCCAGAGCCAGUCCCACAUCUCGGUCAAGACCUCUGCGCCAACACACACAACACAAGAAGCUUUCAGCAGGAAUAAAAUGAGUCUAAUGCAGCAUCUUGAGCGGGUGAAGAGACCAGCUGAAAUAAGCUCAGAGAUCAGUGACCGUGCUUCAACUGCAGAUCUGACGAAUACGAGUUGUCUGGGCGGCUCUGACAGGAAGGUGUUCCUCUCGAACUGUAUCCUACAGAGGGCUGGGAAAAUGGCACGACCCAGUGCGGCGGUGCGGUACCUGUCGAGAAACAUCUUCACAGCGGAGGAACUCUCUCAAAGCAACACCACUGGAAACACAAAGAGACGCCUAAAGAGACUCGACCCAAACAAGAUCGGUGCCAUCAGAGAGUGGGUGGUAAAGAGAUACCCAAAAUUUGACCUUCAUGAGAAAAGCAAGGACUGGAAAAUGUGUCUGUCUGUAAUCAACUCGACGGCCCGCUACUAUCGGUUCAUGGACAAGACACGGAAGCUAAAGGUACAGGAAAGAGCAAACCUUGAGAACAGGACAGAGUCAGCACCUACAGCGGUUACGUGUGCAGCAGCGGCAGAGAUUGAUGUUGAACUGUCUGACAGCGACACGGAGCAGAAACAGCAGGAAGCUCUGAUGAGCCACAGCACAGAAGAUCACAACAUGCCCACAGACUGGGAGUCAACCAACGUGUAUCUCGGCCCCCCUCAUCGGGAUGUGAAGGUUCCUGAGUUUGCCUUGUCUGCAGCACAUCUCCGAACACGUCCCGAGCUCAUCGCUCGAUACCUGAUCAAGUUCAUCUUCCCAGAGGAUGUGCUGGUGCGCAGUAACGUGUACGGCGGGGUGCGGCGCGGCAUUCAGGCCCUCGACCACAACAAGAUCUCCGCGCUCCGAGAGCACCUGCUGGAGCGUUUCCCCUGGAUGAGGCUGGAGGAAGACGGAAGUGACUGGAAGGUUUGCGUAGGCGCUAUAAACAGCACCAUCCGCAAGUUUCGAUAUGAGCGCAAGAUGGGCAUCAAGAGAGGGAUACGCUAGUGCCGAGGAUCCGAUCAAAACGGCUCUGUGAUACGGAGGUGAAACCUUUGUUUGUACACAGUGACUGUUUGUGUCAAGAAAUGCUGUCAGUAGCUGUUACUGGUUGUUUUUCUA